AUGUCGGCAGCGGCGGCGGCGGCGGCGGCGGCGGCGGCGGCGGCAAGCCAGCAGCGCUAUGACACGAGCACUGAACAACAGGAAUAUGACCUGAUUGCGCCGGAUCAAGGCCUGGCACGCAUCGAGGGGUUGCACGACGCGGGAUUCGUGGUGAAUGAUGUGUGGUUGGAGGGCAGCAUCCUGGUGGCUGGCGACAUGUUUGCGCUGUGGAAGGCGCGCCGAGUUACCGACAUCGCACUGGAUAACCUGGCGCUGCUUCGCUUGCUGAAACCAGUUCCAGGUUGA